AAGGUCUGUUACACUUGGCGCCCCAUAAAAUACAACAUAGCCUUUUCGUUAUCUUUUUUAUAAAAAUGACUUUAAUUGUACUACUGUACACCAUCAUACAUUGGUGUCCAACCAUUCAAUUACAUUUGUAUGCUUCACAGGAUCACAAAGGUUUUGUAAAACAUAAGGCAUUUACACCAUAGUUAUCAACAAUAUUCAAGGCUUUAAGGAGAGCCUCAAAGACCUUGACAAAAAGUCUUCUUAUCCCCUCCUUCCCCUUUCUUAACUAAUUGGAUUAGUCAGGUACUAUAGUGUUAAAGGGUAGAGAGUUACAAGCAUUCGCUAAUCCAAACAUUUGCUCCUGGAAGAUGAUCAGGAUUUACAAGAUCUUUCCCUCAUUUCUCUCUAAGUGGUUUAUAGUCCUAUAUAAAGAGUAUUCCCCCGCUGCCCUGGUGCAUUUCUCAUGGUUGCAGUUGACACGUGCAGGCAGCCGUAAAGAUGUCUAAGGACUUCUACCUAUACGAGAACAUCUCAAAAAUCAGUCCUUUUGAGGGCCCACAGUAUCACUUGGCUCCAAAAUGGGUGUUUUAUCUCCAGGCCGCGUUCAUGGGCUUUGUGUUCUUCUGCGGAACACCACUCAAUGCCACCGUGCUGCUCGUCACGGCUAAAUACAAGAAACUGCGGCAGCCUCUCAACUACAUCUUGGUAAACAUCUCUGUUGCAGGUUUGAUCUUCGAUGUGUUCUCCGUCAGCCAAGUGUUUUUGUCCAGCCUAAGAGGAUAUUUCUUUCUGGGUCACACGAUGUGUGCUCUGGAAUCUUCAAUGGGAACAAUAGCAGCCUUGGUAACAGCAUGGUCGCUUGCUGUCCUGGCAUUUGAGAGGUAUUUGGUAAUCUGCAAACCACUUGGGAAUUUUAAAUUUGGGACGAGCCAUGCCCUUGCUGGAGUGAGCUUCACCUGGGUGAUGGGUGUCGGGUGUGCUGUGCCACCAUUCUUCGGCUGGAGCAGGUAUAUCCCCGAAGGCUUGGGCUGCUCUUGUGGACCGGACUGGUACAUGACUGGCACAGAAUACAACUCGGAGAGCUACACGUAUUUCCUGAUGGUUACGUGUUUCUUUGCCCCCCUCCUCUGCAUCGUCUUCUCCUACUCACAGCUUCUGGGUGCCUUAAGAGCUGUGGCAGCUCAGCAGGCUGAAUCAGCAUCGACCCAGAAGGCAGAGAAAGAGGUGUCCAGGAUGAUCAUUAUGAUGGUGAUGUCUUAUCUGAUAUGUUACACGCCCUAUGCAAUAGCUGCAAUGUACUACACCCUUGAUCAUGAGUCAGAGAAGGAUUACCGUCUGGUUUCCAUUCCCGCUCUUUUCUCCAAGAGCUCCUCUGUUUACAACCCCUUUAUCUACUGCUUCAUGAACAAACAGUUCAAUGCAUGCAUUAUGGAGACCGUGUUUGGAAAGAAGAUUGAGGACGGUUCAGAGGUGUCCAAAACGGAGGUUUCUUCUGUGGCUUAGGAUACAAUUCAGAACUCCCUUGAUACACUCACUUGGAGAAACCAAAUUAUUCAAUUUCGUUCCUUUAAUCCGACUUUUAGCACAACACAGAAACCGAUGAAGUUAAAUUACAAAGUUCAAAAAUGUGAUUUCUUUGUUGUACAUUGAAUUUGUAUCGAAUUGGUCAUUCUAUGACAGAUUUUUAGAUUUGGAAGAUGUCACAUUAUUCAAAGACCCAAACUCAGCAAGCCCCAGGCAAGACACUGUGGUGUCCUGAUCAUGUUGGAUAUACAUGUACAUACAAUGCUUUGAUGACUUAAGAGGUUGAGUGAUGGUUUCUCUCGUGAACACUUCAACACAACGUCAUUUUUCUAUAGGCCUAUUUCGUUACAGAUAUUAGUAAACUGCAAUAAGAAAAUUUAAAAAAAGAAAAAAUAAUUUGUUUUCGUGGAACAUUUUUCUUUAAAAUGUUCAACUUCACAGAUGUUUUUGUUGAAUGCUGAGCAUGUGUCUUUC